CUGGGCGGGCUGCUGUUUGGGUACGACAUCGGCAUCAUGUCAUCAAUAUUGCAGAUGGAGCAUUUUAUAAAAUACUUUGGCGCGCCAGGGUCGGUGGCACAGGGCAUAAUAGUCAGCUCGUUGACCAUUGGAUGUUUCUUUGGGUCGCUGAUAUCUGCGCCCGUGUCGGACCGGUAUUCGCGCAAGCUGACGAUAGUUAUUGGCGCCAUCAUCUGCACAAUCGGGUCGGCCAUCCAGUUCGGCAGCGUGAACCGGUCGAUGCUGAUCGCCGGGCGGUUCGUCAAUGGCCUGGCGAUUGGAUUUCUGUCUAAUGUGGUGCCUGUGUAUCAGUCCGAGUCAGCGCCACCGGCGAACCGCGGACGUAUGGUCAGCUUGCAGCAGUGGGCAAUUACGUGGGGCAUUUUCAUCGCAUUCGGCAUCGACUACGGGUGCUCGUACAUCAAGAGUGACAAGCAGUUCCGGCUGCCACUGGGGCUGCAGAUUGUGCCCAGCAUCGUCCUGCUGUUUACAAUGGCGUUUAUGCCGUACUCGCCGCGCUGGCUGGUCGCACACAGCUACAUUGGCGACGCGCGGCAGGUGCUGGGCCGACUGCGGGCGUACGGACAUGCCAGCGUGCCAGAGGUCGCCGAGGAGCUGCGGCUCAUCUACGAGACGAUCAAGACUGAAAAAGAGACAAAGAGCUCGUCAUACUGGGAGCUGCUAAAGUUUCCGAACCGGCGACGGCUGCUGCUGGGGUGCGGAAUGCAGUUCAUGCAGCAGUUCACCGGCAUCAACACGCUGAUGCUGUAUGCGCCCAAGAUAUUCCUCGACAUGGGGCUGAGCAGCGUGCAGAGCAUUGCCAUGUGCCAGGCCAUCAACGGGCUGGUGAAUGUGUCGUCGACGGUGCCGGCGAUUCUGUGGAUUGACAGGUGGGGCAGACGGCCGACGCUGCUGCUGGGCACGGUGCUGAUUUCGACAUUCUACCUUGUCCUGGCGCUGAUGAUGCGGUCGUACAGUGCGAUCAAGGCCAACGACAUGACGGGUGUCCUGAUUCACCUGGACGUCCACAGCAUGGGCAUUGCGUCUAUAUGCAUGGUGUAUCUUGUGGUGGCCUCGUUUGCGUUCUCGUGGGGUCCGUGCGGCUGGCUGAUUCCGUCAGAGAUCUUCCCAACGCACAUCCGAGCGCGGGCCACCUCAGUAACCACAGGGACCAACUGGAUCUCGAACUUUGUGGUUACACUGACCAGCCCGAUUCUGCUGGAGCGGGCUGGAUGGAGGCUGUUCUGCGCAUUCAGCAUCAUCAUGGCGAUGAACUUUCUGAUCAUCUACUGCUUCUUGCCUGAGACAAAGAACCUGACGCUUGAGGAAAUGGACAGCCUGUUU